UGGAUGAGUUUGUGGGGUCUGAAGGUCCUGUCCUGCUGGAUAUGCGUAUUAAGCACCUCAUGAAAACAAAGCAAUUAGCACAAGCCACUGCCCUGGCCAAGCUCUGCUCUGACCAUCCAGAAAUCAGUGCAAAAGGCAAUUUCAAGCAAACCUACCUGGUCUGUCUUUGUUCGGGAUCACCGAAUGAAAAGCUAAUGGAAGAAAUUGCAGAAGUAGAUUGCAAAGAUGCUCUGGAAAUGAUCUGUAACCUGGAAUCUGAUGGAGAUGAGAAAAGUGCUCUGAUUUUAUGUGCAGCAUUCCUGUCUCGCCAGCUGCAGCAGGGAGAGAUGUACUGUGCCUGGGAACUGACUCUUUUCUGGAGUAAACUGCAGCAAAGGGUAGAGCCUUCUAUUCAAGUGUAUCUAGAGAGAUGUCGUCAACUUUCUGUGUUAACUAAGACUGUUUAUCACAUUUUCUUCCUGAUUAAAGUAAUUAAUUCAGAGAUCGAUGGUGCUGGGCUGGCGACCUGCAUUGAGCUGUGUGUCAAAGCUCUGCGCCUGGAGUCCAGUGAGAACACGGAUGUCAAGAUCUCCAUUUGCAAGACCAUCUCCUGCUUGCUUCCAGAGGACCUGGAGGUGAAACGUGCUUGUCAGCUGAGCGAGUUCCUCCUCGAGCCCACCGUGGAUGCGUAUUACGCCGUGGAAAUGCUCUAUAACCAGCCUGACCAGAAGUAUGAUGAGGAGAAUCUUCCAAUACCAAAUUCCCUGCGCUGUGAGCUCUUACUCGUCCUGAAGACUCAGUGGCCUUUUGAUCCAGAGUUCUGGGACUGGAAGACGCUGAAGCGUCAGUGUCUGGCACUUAUGGGCGAGGAAGCUUCCAUCGUGUCAUCCAUAGAUGAACUCAACGACAGUGAGGUUUAUGAGAAGGUUGAGGAUUGCCAAGAAGGGUCUAAAGACGCUUCUGUGAACGGGCUUGGUGGCCUUGAUGAAGCUACAAGCCUUCUUAAGGGUAUCAGAGACGAAAAGCAGAAGAAGAGAGAGAUCAAAAAACUCAGAGAGAGGGGGUUCAUAUCAGCCAGGUUUCGGAACUGGCAAGCUUACAUGCAGUACUGUGUGUUGUGUGACAAGGAGUUCCUGGGCCACAGGAUAGUUAGACAUGCACAGAAACACUACAAAGAUGGGGUUUAUAGUUGCCCCAUUUGUGCCCAGAAUUUUAAUUCUAAAGAGAACUUUGUUCCCCAUGUGACUUUGCAUGUUAAAAAAUCCAGCAAAGAGAGGCUGGCUGCUAUGAAACCACUGAGGAGGCUGGGAAGGCCUCCUAAAAUAGCAACUGCCAAUGAGAAUCAGAAAACCAAUGCUGUGUCCAAGCAGGAGCAGAGACCCAUUAAGAAGAACAGUCUCUACUCCACAGACUUCAUCGUGUUUAACGACAACGACGGCUCAGAUGACGAGAACGACGACAAGGACAAACCUUACAUACCUGAGAUAGUGCCAGUCCCAAAGCCUCUCCCUGUCAAUGAGUUCACCUGCCCCGUGACCUUCUGUAAGAAAGGCUUUAAGUACUUCAAGAACCUAAUAGCACACGCCAAGGGGCACAAAGAUAACGAAGAAGCUAAACGUUUUCUGGAAAUGCAGAGCAAAAAGGUGAUCUGUCAGUACUGCAGGCGCCACUUUGUGAGUGUCACUCACCUGAAUGACCACCUGCAGAUGCACUGUGGCAGCAAACCUUACAUCUGCAUCCAGAUGAAGUGCAAGGCUGGCUUCAACAGCUACGCCGAGCUGCUGACACACCGGAAGGAGCAUCAGGUCUUCAGAGCCAAGUGUAUGUUCCCUAAAUGUGGCAGAGUGUUUUCCGAAGCUUACUUGCUCUAUGACCACGAAGCACAACACUACAACACCUACACCUGCAAAGUGCCAGGCUGUGGCAAGGUGUAUCGCUCCCAGGGCGAGCUGGAGAAGCACGUGGAGGAUCACAACCAGCAGCCUGAGAAGGAGCAGCAGCCUGACAGCCAGACUGAUCAGGCUGAUCUCAGCCAGCCUUCCAAAGCUGAUGAAAACACAGAUGGAGUUGCUGUUAAGGAGGAACUGGCAUCUCCUCCAGCUGACAGCCGAAGUGCUUUCGCUGAAGGAGAGAACGUCUGGAACCAGAUCAAGGCAGAGCCAGUGGGGAAUGAGAGUGUGAGCACGUCGGUGAGUGUGCUGCAGCAGAGGGAUCCCCUGCCUGGUGCUGCCUCCGAGCAGCCUCCCGUGGGGGCAGUGAAGACAGAGGUGGCAGUUCCAGCAGGCAGCAUUAAGCUGUCUGCAGUUAGCCAGAAGAUCCGAGAGAACUUUGUGAAAAGAGGGAAAUUGCCUGCUGCUGCCACCAAAGUGGAUGCCCCUGUACCUGGAGUCCAGCAGCUGUGCCCACCCGUGGACUCUUGUCUUCCAGUUUUCCAAGAGAGAAAGGAAGAAGACUGUCUCAGCCAGACUCAGAAUACUCCUGUGACCUCAGACACACUAAAACCAGAAGCCCUCGAAUCAAAAAGCUUAGAAAGGCAAGUGAGCCUUGUCAACCCUUUCAGCGUGCAGAACCAGACAGGGUAUCGAAACAGUGUGCCCGUGCCCAAGUUUGAAAUCGAGGACAGUAUUAAAGCUGCAGCUAAUCUGUAUAACCUGCCUUUAAAAACCCUGGAAAGCAUUACCUUUCUCCCCGCGCAGCCGAGCGUGCCCCCGGCAGCCCCAGCACAGAAGUUCAGCUGCCAGGUGGAGGGCUGCACUCGCACCUACAACUCCUCCCAGAGCAUUGGCAAGCACAUGAAGGCAGCACACCCCGAGGAGUACGCUGCCUUCAAACUGCAGCGCAGGAACAAGAAGCCGCGGAAAUCCGGCGCCGUGCCCGGCGACGGGAAGGUCAUCUACCUCCUGCCUCCCCAGGUGGGCAGCCCCAGCACCACUGCUUUCACUCCACAGGGCAAGGCCACGCUGAGUCCUGCCUGUUCCAGCCAGGUGCAGCACGUCCCAAGUACUCUUUUCCCAGCCCACCUGGAAAAUUUGGCCAGUCCCAUGUUGCCUGUAGUGGGAAGCGUCAUAAACCCGAGUUUGUCCGCUCGGAUUAAAAGUGAACCCGAGAGUGUUUUGUGUUCACAGAUGGAAAGCCUGUCUGGGGCAGCCUUACCUUCCCAGCUGGAUGACCUGGCAAAAACGGUUAUGCCUCUGAAUAUUGAUGGUGGUUCGGAUCCUUUCCUUCCUUUGCCUGCAGAGAAUGGCCCAAUGUCUCUCUUUCCUUCGUCAGCAGAGAAUCCUCCAAAUUCAGUCUUCUCACAGCUGGAAAGCAGCACAAACAGCUUUUCAUUGCCUCUAGAAGGAAACACUAGUUCUGCUUUCCCUAAAGAGGAGAGCGUUGAUCAAAUAUUCCCCUCACGAUUGAGCAGUGAAAAUAACUUCAGUGAAGCUAGUUCCCAACACCCAACUUCAGACAAGGUGAAAGAGGAUCAUGGCCAGGGCCCUAAUGGGAAGGAACGGAAGCCAAAGCAUAACAAGAGGGCAAAGUGGCCUGCAAUAAUUAGGGAUGGCAAAUUUAUCUGCAGCAGGUGCUUCAGGGUUUUCACCAAUCCUAGAUCACUCGGUGGUCACUUAUCUAAGAGGUCUUACUGUAAACCUCUCGAAGGAUCAGAGAUCUCUCCAGAAGCUCUGCAGGCUAAUGGCCAGUCUUUGCUCGCCAGUAUGAUUCUUUCUUCCAAUUCCUUGAGCUUGCAGCAGCCCCCGGAGUCAGCCUUCAGCCCAGAGUCCUGCUUCAAAGAUCCCUCCUUCCUGCAGUUCCUGGCGGCCGAGAACCGAUCCACAGCCUUGCUGCAGUCCAUGUUUCCACGGGCCACUGUGGCUAGCUUUAGUAAUCCCAGCGGCAACGAGGAGGGAAAUCAGAUCAUCAAACAAGCCCUGGAAACCGCAGGCGUCCCCAGCAGCUUCGAGAACACGGAAGCACUUCCACGUGUGGUUCCCACCAGCUGCGUCUCCGGCACGGCGCAGGUGAACGCAGCUGUGCUCCCCAACUCAACUGCCUCCCCCCUGCUGCAGCCAGUCUGCAGCCCCAGCCCCCUGCUAACUGACCAAAACAGGCCCCUCAAUGCCAAAAUCCCCCCAGUGAACGACUGCAAGGCCCUGCCUGCUUUCGCCACAGAGGAAUUAAUGCUAAAGACUCUGGAAAACGUCCCCUCGCUGCCCAGUGCGGUGGCAGCAGCCGCACAAAGCUUUGCAGGGAACAGUUCGCGAGUCUCAGUUAUAAGCAGUCCCCAGAAUUCAGGGUCAAGCAGCUUGAAUAAGAAGGGAACCAGCUCUUCAAAGAGGAAGAGAAAAACAGCUACUCCCCCACUCGUGCCCAACACGCCCCAGAAAGCAGCAGUCAGUGGCGCAGCAGCCUUGGGGCUCCUCACCAAGAGCACGGAAGGAAACGUGCAGAUCCAGGGAGAAGGGUUCCAGCCCAACUUGCUGGCAAACUGUGGCCCUCAGGCAGCGGUGGAAAACCUCACGCAGAAGCUCAACAACGUUGACAAUCAGUUGUUCAUGGCCAGUCUCAAAGAGAACUUCAAGCCAAACCUGGAGGCUCAUGCAGCACUACCCCCUUUGACAGUCAAGACUGAAAAUGGGGAUUCCCAAAUGGUGGCUGUGAGUUCCUGUGUGCAGGCAAGUUCAGAGGGACAGAUUUCAGAGGACACUGUUAUGCAGAACUUCGAGAAAACCCUGGAAAUCAUUAAAACUGCUAUGAGCUCACAGAGGCUCGAGGUGAAAACUGAAGUUCAGGAUACUGUUGCUGCUCCGGGACAGAGCUCCCAAGGAAAUAACACACAGGCUUCUUCGGAGAGUUCUGCACGUGGUGUAAAACUGCCCAGUCCUGCCCAGUUCUCCGUGCACACGGGGAGUGUCACCGCUGCAAAGGGUGGCUCUGCCCAGUCUGAGGCGACUCAGAAGGAUGAGACUCAAAUGCUGGAGAUCUUGGAGGGCUUGCAGAAGCUGAAACUGGAAGAUGAUUCUCCCGUUCACAUCCCUGAGAGUGUUUCCCAGUGUCCUCCGGCAGCUUUGCUCACAGCAGCCAUUCCCCUCAUGUCGCUGGAGAACAAACCCCUCGUGCAGAUCUCUGCAGAGACGAGUAACCUUCAGUUUGGUGAGAGAGUGAACAAACCCUUCGUGUGUCAGAACCCAGGCUGCAGCUACAGCGCCAUGACGAAGGACGCGCUGUUUAAACACUACGGCAAGGUCCACCAGUACACUGCGGAGAUGAUUCUGGAAAUCAAGAAGCAUCAGCUGAAGUACGCCCCGUUCAAAUGUGUCGUACCCACCUGCCCGAAGACCUUCACGAGGAACUCCAACCUCCGCGCGCACUGUCAGCUCGUCCACCACUUCACGACGGAGGAGAUGGUGAAGCUGAAAAUUAAAAGGCCUUAUGGCAGGAGAUCUCAAGGGGAAACCGUCAGCACAGCCCCGCGGCCCGUCGAGAUCAAAACUCUGCAGGCACUAGUCACAGACAACAAAGCCGUCGCUCCGCUGCUCAAGGAAGCUCAGAUAAAGGAAGUUGCAGAGCCUGUCAAAGUCUUGGAAAAACUUCUCCCAGAGAACAAUCUUCCCGAAAGACUGGAGAAGCCUCCCCAGGUGGUGCCUGCUCCGCUGGAGCAGCCGAGCGCAGCCUCGUUGGGCAGCGCAGAGGCAGAGGCCAAGGCGCGCAAGGCGAGGAAGUACAGGAAGGAGAAGGAGGAGAGAAGCGUUCGGAAGCCGGUGCCGAAAUCCCUGGAGUUCCCCCCGCGCUACAGCCCCUACAGACCCUACCGCUGCGUCCACCAGGGCUGCUUCGCCGCCUUCACCAUCCAGCAGAACCUCAUCCUGCACUACCAGGCCGUGCACAAGUCAGACCUGCCUGCCUUUCCCGCCGAGGCGGAGGAGGAGACCGAGCAGGGCAAGGAGGAGCGUGAGGAGCCGGAGGCCAAACCUGCCGUCAGGGAGUUCAGGUGUGAGGUGAGCGACUGCUCGCGCAUCUUCCAGGAGGUCACCGGCUUGAUCCAGCACUACGUGAAGCUCCACGACAUGACCCCGGAGCAGAUCGGGAGCAUGAAGUCGGCCCCGGAGGUGGGAAGGUUCUUUUGUGACCAGUCUCAGUGUAAGUCUUCGUUUACAGCUUAUCUCAGCUACGUGGUGCACCUGGAGACGGAUCACAGCGUGAAAAUCAGGCCCAGCAAGGUGGAGGACGACGGUGUGUUCAAGUGUGACUGCGAAGGCUGCGAUCGUAUCUAUGCCACCAGGUCCAACCUCCUGAGGCACAUUUUUAACAAACACAACGAGAGGCAUAAAGAUCACCUAAUAAGGCCCAGGAGGUUGACGCCAGGCCAGGAAAACAUCUCCAGCAAAGCAAACCAGGAGAAACCACUGAAGUCUAAACAGAGAGGACUCAAAAACAGGUCAGGGAAGGAAGGCAACAGGCUGUCGGUGAAAACGAAACGGAAGAAGAGCGUGAGCCUGGAGAACAAGAACUCCAAGGGAAUCCAAGUGCAGGAGAACAAGGCUUACUCCCUGAAGCGGGGCAAGCACGUGUACUCCAUCAAGGCGCGGAACGACGCGCUGUCGGAGUGCACCAGCAGGUUCCUGACGCAGUACCCCUGCAUGAUCAAGGGCUGCUCCUCCGUGGUCACGAGUGAGAGCAACAUCAUAAGGCAUUACAAGUGCCACAAGCUCUCCAAAGCAUUUACUUCCCAACACAGGAACCUCCUUAUUGUGUCUAAAAAGCACUCGGUCCCCCAGGCGACCGAGACCCCCCGCGAGCAGCAGGAGGCUGACGCGAAGCCUGAGGGGAAGGAGCCUGAACCGAGUUUGAUAGUGAGCAAUAAUGAUUCAAGCACAACUACCUUACCACAGCAGGAGCCUGAAAAGAGCGAGAAGGACGAAGUGGAUGAACUGACAGAGCUGUUCAGUACGAAACUGAUUAACGAGGAUUGUUCCACUGCCGAAAGCCAAGCACAGGUCCCUCCCGGCGUGAGCAGCGACGUGCAGGAGCCCGACUCCUGCCCCUCAGAGGGGCAGAAAGCAAACAACCUGAAAAGGGCAAGCAAAGAAAAAAACGUGGCUCAGAAUAAGAGGAAGAAAGCCGACAAACCCGAGGAGGCGCAGCCCACCGAGGGGAGCAGCCCUCCCAGGGAGGAGGAAACGGCCGUGGCCAUUCAGACGGCCGAGGAGCAGCCCGCGGCCUUCGACUGGAGCUCCUUCAAGCCCAUGGGCUUUGAAGUGUCCUUCCUCAAGUUCCUCGAAGAGUCUGCCGUGAAGCAGAAGAAGAGCACCGAGAGAGACCAGCACAGCCCCGGAGCCAAGAAG